AUGAAACCAUUUCAAAGUUUCAGUACAACUAUAAAUGAAGUACUUCCCCCUUUAAAUCCAGAAACACAUAAAAAUAGCAAUCAUAAUAAUAAUAAUAAUAAUAAUAAUAAUAGUACGAAUAGUAAAACUAAUGACACUCAUAAUACUAAGACACCUGUGAAUACAGUAUCAGCAUCCACCACUUUACCUGGUACUCCAAACAAUGACUCGUCAAUCAUAGAUCAUUAUUAUGAGGAGCCAGAAAACUACUUGGAAGUCGAGGUUAUUGAUCCCAAAACACACUACGAUCCUAAGGAUCCAAGAACACCAUUAUAUACAGAUUAUGAAAUUAUAUGUCGGACAAAUUUACCUUCUUUCAAGAAAAAACUUGCUAAAGUACGUAGAAGAUAUAGUGAUUUUGAAUACUUUAGAAAAACGUUAAUAAAAGAAUUAGCUCUUAGCAGUGCUACAUCUAAAGCUGCUUCUAAAAUAGUCGUUCCACAUUUACCUGGAAAAAUAUUAUUUAGCAAUAGGUUUAGUAUGGAUUGUAUUGAGAAUAGAAGACAAGAUUUACAAGACUGGUUGGGUGUAGUUGCUGGACACCCAUUGUUACAGAGCGGUAGUAAAGUAUUGACUAGAUUUAUUGAAGAAGAUACAUUUGUAGGUUGA